AUGGCCGCCGAAGAUGUUUGCAUGGCAGAAAUGGACUCUUCAACUGCUUGGUUAGUUGAAAGAGCAAGGCAAAGUUUACGAGAAAAUAAUCCUUACGAGGCAAAAGCUUGGUUAAUCACUGCAAAGACCUUGUAUCCGAAAGAUUUUGGUAUUCAGGUGAGGUCUCUUGCAAUCCAAGUUUCCCUUUAAAGAAAUAGCUAUUGCAUUAAUAUCCGUAUCCCCCCGUUAAGGACCAAUAGAAUUCUUCAGGGGUAAGUCAUAAAAAUUGAGGAUUUCUUUAGGGGUAAACUAAAAAAAUAUGGAAUUUUUUGGGGGUGGAUCUUUAUAAAUUCUCGCAAAAUUCCUCAUGGUAGACCCAUGCAUAUUUUUCAGGGGUAGACCCAUCUUCUUCAAGAGGUAGACCCAUAUUUUAUGGAAGUCUUCAGUGCUGAAUGCAAUUUUAUUAAAUCUCCUGGGGCAAGAUGAAAACAAAAGUCCUCAAGGAGGUGGGGGGGGGGGGACAUGGGAUCUGGAUAUUAAAAGCAACCCAAUUUUAUCAUGAUUCAAUGUUUAACCAUUUUCUUGAACACUUUCUUUGAAUAUCAAUAUUAUUUUUAGUAUGAAGCAUACAGUAUUGAGAGAAAUGCUGAGAGAGUACAGGAGUCUGCUAAGCUCUUCUACCACAUGUAAGUCUGAGCCUCUAUUUCACUGGGGGUGGGGGCAGUGGCACUUCCUAUGGCACGGAUCUAAAGCUGAGGAUUUUUCACGUCACAUUUUUUGGACCAAAUGAUUUAAGCUUCCUCUGUGUCUGCUCCUUUUCUUCUUACCCAGUGUUGAGACGCUUGCAAAUGAGCAAAUUUAUCUGUAAAUCAAUAUUGGUGAUACACUGCAAAACAGUCCAUAUUUGUGUGUAUUCAAGUACCCAUGAGCAAACAAAAGGUCUGGAAUAAGGCUGAAAAUGGAGAGAGCAAGACUGGGAAGAGAUGCUAAUUUUCUCUCGCCGCCACACAUGCCCAUAGGGUGUGUGAGACUACCAAUUUGUUUACUGAUUUUGAGAAAAAAACUGACUGUUUUGCAGUCUACAUCGGUGAAGAUGUAAUGUGACUAAGGUUUCAACAUCUGUAUGAAACUCAACUAUUGUAGGUAUUUGGGGGGACACUCCUCCGCCCAGCAAAAUGAAAUUGCACCUGUGAUUCAGUGAGCAGUGAAACCCCAUUGCUAGAGAAUUGCAUGAUCAAAGUGAUAAGAAAUGCUAGCAAUAUAAGUACCAGAAUUUUUCUAAUCAAUUUUCUAAUUACUGUAAAUUAGGUUUGAGCAGUUUCCUGACAGUGACUUGCUUUGGAAAGAAGUCGCAAGUUUUACAGAUGCUCUUGAGGGUGAAGUAACAAAUCAACACAGCAAAUUUCUGACAGGUAGGUGUCCAUGCACCUUAGUUUUGGAUUUCUUUCUCUUCAUUUUCAAAGUUUACAUUACAUGUAUUUUUAAUACUUUAAUUAAAGCGGAAAAAAUCUGGAAUUUUUUUUCUGGCAGAUCGGAAAAGUAUUCCAUACAGCAAGUAGUUUGCAAAAAUCUCUCCAGCUAGCUCUCAAACUUUGUCACCAGCAAUAUAAUGGACCAGUAAUUUGAAAAAGGACUUAAGACUUCUUUUCUUUUAUUUGAACUUCAUUUACAUGUAAAUGUACAACUCAUGAACACCCAAAUUUUGUUCAUUCAAAAUGACCAUUAUUUUUUAGACAUGUUCAGCUGCCUUCCACAGCAUGCACAAAGAGAAAUUCUUCUCCAAGCUGCAGGUGGGUUUAUGCACUCUUUCUAAUAUUAAAUCUUUAGUCUAACUAGCUCAAGAAAACUUAAAUCACUUUUAACCCAUUUACCCCUGAACUGCCCCUGACUGCCUGUGCAGAUCCAUGUCCCUUCUACCGCUUGUGACGUGGGAGAUCCUGGUUUGAGAUAAAAUGGUCAAUAAUAAUUAUAAUGAGUCCAUUUCUUAACCAGGGGGGUUUUGCAAGUUGUUAAGGUAAAGCUCCCAUCUUUUCUGGCAGGAAUGAAUCAGUACAAAAAAUGGUUUUGCAAUGGCUCAGUUAUCAUCAAAUUUGAAGGUCCAUUUGCAUUAUUCAUAAACCUAAUUACCUAAUUACUUCAUAAACCUAAUUACUUAAGUUAAAUUCUUGAAAUAAAGUUUUGUUGUUUUUGUUAAGCCUUACUUUAUGUUUUUCCAGGGAGAUGCGAAGAUUGCAUUGAAAAAUGUCGAAUGAUGCUACUUCUGAUGAGAAGGUUCCCUGACGUGAUCCCAAGAAAUGGGGUAUAGUUCAAUGUUACAUGAUUAUGUAACAGUAGUUUUUUUGUCUUUUAUUUGCUCGUUUUAAAUACAGAGACAAUAGUGGCAUAUGAAAUUUUGAGCAAAUUCUGUAUAUUAAGACUGAUCAGUUUUCAUUUCUUUUUAACCAAGGUGACUUUGAUUGAGAUGUUAAUUAAUGCUGAAAAGUCUGAGUAUCCUGAUACUGCAGUUAACCCAUACAGGAAGUUGUUAGGUACAAAUCAAAUUUAAAUUGGACUGGAUAUUCUACAUUGACAGGCAAAUGUGUCCAUGUUUGGAGGAGUCUGCAAGGGUGGAUCUGGGGGAUUCCCUGCAUGNAAAUACAGAGACAAUAGUGGCAUAUGAAAUUUUGAGCAAAUUCUGUAUAUUAAGACUGAUCAGUUUUCAUUUCUUUUUAACCAAGGUGACUUUGAUUGAGAUGUUAAUUAAUGCUGAAAAGUCUGAGUAUCCUGAUACUGCAGUUAACCCAUACAGGAAGUUGUUAGGUACAAAUCAAAUUUAAAUUGGACUGGAUAUUCUACAUUGACAGGCAAAUGUGUCCAUGUUUGGAGGAGUCUGCAAGGGUGGAUCUGGGGGAUUCCCUGCAUGUCCUUGUACCUUCUUUUUGCCCCAGCUGUUACUUCUUCAUUUAAGAUACAACAUUAGUAUCUUUCAUGACCCUCCCCCGACCCUGCCCCUUGUCAAAAUCCCAGGUCUGUCCUUACUUUGAGUAUAUACGUUUUGUCUGAAGUGUGUGAUUCUAAAAAUUUUCCCUACUCUGGAAGAUUGAGUGUCACUUGAAGCUAAAAGGACUAGGAAGGAAGAAGGAGAAUACUAAGAAUAUCACCACCCUCCCUCCCUGGAUGAGAUGCUAUUCCAUCUCAGGGUUCCUUGAGUAGUAUGUCGCCAGUUCCCCUUGUAUAUCUGGGUGAAGAGAGACAACAAGUAGAGAAAAGCUUCUUCUCUAAGGAAACUUUGCGAUGGCAAUUAGCCUUGAACUCAGACCUAAAGAAUACAAAGUUUGAGGUGUUAACCAUUUGGCCAUGAUCAUGUCUCCUUUGUACUUUCACUUUUUAGUAUCAAUAAACUUGUAGAUGUACAUUGACAAUAGCUAUUAAUAAUUAUUAUUUAUGUAAUUAAUUAAUUACUUUAAUUAUUAUUUAAUUAUUUAAUAAUUAAUUAUUAUUUUUCCCAUUUCAGUUUGUGAUGUACUGCCUCAUUUACUGGCCAGUGAAAACAUGACAGUUCAUGCUACUCAUGUCAGUGGUAGCAGUAGCCAAGAUGAAGAGGUUUGUGAUUUCCCAUAGGGUGACUUUUGAUCAAUCUUUGUUGUUAUGAUUAUUCUUGUAAAUGAAGUUGUUACUUUGAAACAACACAAGCAACAAGAACAAGGAGUAGAGGAUGGCAGAGAUGCCAACCUCUGGGAGAUCCGAAAUCUGGUGACUGUCUCUUUUGCAGUAACCCUCUCGCAGUAUCACCCACCUCACUAUACCUGCUAUACACACAAAUCAACAGGACCAAGAUGUGGGUGUAGCUCAGGACAUUAUACAUAGUCUUACAUGAAGUAUGGAAUAUCAGCCAAUGCUUCCAUGAAUGUAAUGAUGAAACAGUCUUUGUCAGCGUUGAAAUGUGUGCAAAAAUGCUGCCAGAAAUGGUGCUAUGAUAGUCUUAAAUAUUUGAUCUGUCUGGUCGUUGUGUCUGACCACAAGUAGGAUUUUGUCACACAUUGGGCAAAUUUCAUUUAGACAUUUCUCUUGAUAAUUUGCGGCUCUGCUUUUUAUUUUCUUGUUGGAAUAAAAAAGGUAAUCCUAAAGAGAUAAGUUUCAUCAGUUUGCCCACCCAGCAGGGUGCAAAGAAAGUCAGUUUUACAGCUUGCCAUUUGCGAAUGCUGUAGUUAGCAUGUACUUCCCUGAAAGUCAUUCUAACUAGCCAGUAAAAUUUUUGUUGAGCAUCGAUUUUGGUUCUUCUGUAAUUUGAAUUCCCCAAAAACUUCACUUGCCGAUCAGCAAGUUAAGAACAGAAUUCACUAACCCUAAAGCAAAAUCCACUGAUACUGAGGUGCCAUCCAUUAAUUCGAUACUUGUCCGUUCUUUCCUCAUUCAGGAUAUUCCUUCUGCCAUCUCACUGACCCAGGUGUACAAGUGGCUAGAGUUAUCCAUUCAGUUCUAUGUCUCAUGCGCCACUGUCCAUAAUUCAGUAUAUGAACACUCUGAUACUCAGUAUAACAGCCUUGUAGACACUAGCAUUAUUGCAGAAGUACUGGAUGGCAAAGGUCCGUGGAUAGCCCUGCAUGAAUUGUUUUACUUGACGGCCAAAAAGUGCGGUUGGAUGGAGAUCUGUAGCAUUCAAGAAAGGCUUGAUUCUCAAAAGUACAGGUAGUGUGGAAGUGAAAUAACUGUGGCAAGUUGCUUGAUUAAGGAUGUGUAGGAAUAGGCCCUUUGCAGCUAGCCAUUCACAUGGCACAAAACCACUGUGCUGGAGAGCAAAAGUCGCACUGGGACAAGACAAACAAAGACAAUUACCAUUUCAAAUUAUGUAUGUCUUUUGUUUGUCUUGUCCCAGUGCGACUUUUGCUCUCCAGCACGACGGUUUUGUACCACGUGAAUGGCUAGCUGCAAAGGGGAUUUUAGGGAGGGACAGCAUAAUAAUGCUGGGGAUAUUCGUCUUGCAAUAGACCCUUUUUGUGUACAGCCCUAUUAAGUCAAAAGAAUGGUCCUAAGCUUGGAAUCUAUGUGCCUCCAGUGAGCUGAGAUUCAGGAGUAAACUGAUUUACGCUUUUUGACCAUUUUUAUUACUUGAGGUGGAAAGAUGAAAAUUUUGACCUUAUGAUGCAAUUGUGGAAUGGAGAAAAGAAAUUGACUUCCCUGUGAAAUAUAAAACUAUAGCAAAAAAAUUUUUAAUUUCCAAAAGGGCCUGAUUUUCUUUCUACAGUCAAAAAACAUAAUCCAUUCUUCAAGAAUAGUACUGGAAACAGGUGUAGAUCUGCACCAGAUACAUGCAUCCACAGCAACGUUUAAUUACUUAUUUACUUGGUAUUUCAUUGAUGUUGCAGAAGUAGCAAUGAUCACUGGACAAGUAUCUCUGAGCUGCAUCAGAAAUUAAAGAAAAUGACAAAACACAGUUCAGAAGAGGAGGUUGGUGAUGACAUUGUGGAAAAAACUGGACUCAUGUAUGCUGCCACCAUCUUGUUCCUGCAAACCGUUUGGGAAUACUGUCGUUUGGUCAACAGGCUUGAUUCAGUUUGUGAGUAAAGACCAAUGUAGGGAUGGUUCAUUCACUUAAUAGAGUAAAUUUCAUUAUAAUGUGAUAAAUGCCUUGACUGGCAGAUCUGCUAGAAAAGGCUUGUUGCUGGCCUGGGUGUGCUGUCACUGCAGCAAAUUGUUGUGUUGUGUUGUUGACCUAAGCAUCACAGGAAUGUCACUAAGAUUUCAAGUUGUGGGGUAAAUACAACAAGUAGGCAGGGAAUCAAACAGCUAGGGAUUUCUUUUGGUUCUAUUUUUCUGUGAAAGUAACCCAGAGCCGCAUUCAUAGUAGCUGGGGAAAAUCCUCGGCCCCCGCCUCUUAAUGACAGCCCUGGCUUCAACUCAUAGUACCAGCUGGGAGGUGAGGUGUUACACAAUGGAAGUCAACAGUCAUGCCAAUUGCCGAAAGGUGUCCCUGUAAUUAAUGCCAAAUGUGUAGUGGUCCUUUCUUCAGUUUCUCUAUCUUUUCUUUAUCCCUUUCUACUGCCAGAGUGAAUAAUGCAGUUUUCUAAGGUGGCUCUUACUUUUGAGUCUGAGGACAAAAUCUUGUAGAGUGGCCAUUCAAACAAAAUUUCUGUACCUGUACUUUCACAUGGUACUAUUUGUUUUUGCUAUUUGUUUGUCGCAUUUUGCCUUAGGCCACAUUUGGCAGUGAAAGGAUUUUUGCGAGUGAGUUCCCUAUUCUCAAUGGAGCAGUAGCAUUAAUUUGUUUUGUUAUUGUUGUUGUUUUUGACAGCCUCCUCUGGUUUAGUUCAUCCUUUGGUCUUGGUUGAGGACAGUAUUGAGAGCAGCAAUCCAAAUUCCAUGAACUCAGCAGGAGCCAGUAGGUAGGAGUGUUAAAAUCACCCGGGAGAGCACUCCCUAUAAUGGCCUAUACGGGGAGGCUCCGCCCGGGAGGGGUACCUUUCUCAGACUUCAGGUAUAUGAAAGGGUGGGGAUUACACAAAUUGAAGUAUAUGAAAGGGUAGGAAAAUCUGUCGUUGCGGUUUGUGAGAGGACCUAAUAGGGCUAGCAGAUGCAUUUUAUGGCUGUGAAGAAGACAAGAAAACUUUCUUCUUUAGUGUGAUUUAUUUAUAUUUAAAAGAUAGUGCAUUUCCAGUAGUUGAGGGAUGGAGUGUUCUAAACUAGUAUGUGAAAGGGGUACCAUUUGUCAUUAAAAGGUAUACGAAAGGGGUACCUUUUCUGUCAAAAACGGAAUAUAAAAGAGUAAGUUGUUGGACCUCAAGGCGGAGCCUCCUUGCAUUUAAAUUUUGUUGAGUACCACCCUUCACCCAGGGAAAAUCAGGAUUUAUAGAUUAGAGGUGCUAUCAAUAACUUGUGAUAGCAAAACCCUGAAAGAUCAUGUAAAUGCCAGAGUGUUCUAAAUAAGCAAGUACAUGUGCGUGUUUUAUAAUAACUGUGUGUUUUGCACCUUUAUAGUCCAGCACCAAAGAAGAAGAAGCGAAAACUAGCAUCUGUAAGUAUGAUACCGUACCAGUACAUAAUAAAAUAUAUGAUCUAGGUAAAAGUUCAUGUUUGUUUCAAAUGUUCUGUAAAGCAUAAUACCAUCAAGUAAAAGCUGGGAUAGAAAGAAAGACCAGCAACUUCUGAUAAACUGAUCAGUAAUGUUCUCCUUCCAAAUUUCCUUUCUAUUUUCUUGGCCAAAGAGAGAGAAUUACAGAGGUGGAUCCAGAAAAUUCAGAAAGGGUAGGCCAGGACAGUUGCCCACUUACCAGCUACAUGGAUACUUGUGAUUUUUCUGAGAAUUCUACUAAAAUAAUAAAAAAUUUCAAAUAAAAAGGGGUGCCCCCUCAGCCCACCACUAAAUCCGCCUUGUUCAUUGAUAUUACAUCAGAAGCCACUUUCACACACCCUUCAAACCAGUUUGAGGACUGUUUGAGGAUUAAUCCCAAUCUGGUUGGUCAUAAAUGGAAACAAAAACAAAAACAAAAGUACUACAACUUUCAUUAUACUAGACCAUGAGAACAAAGUUACUAAGAUAAAUGAUAUAUAAUAUUAUAAAUAAUGUUAUAUCUCUUGAUGGUAUGAAUAUGGUGCGAGGCCGUAUGGUGAAUUAAGACCCACUAAACUUACAAAAACUCACAAAAUGUGAAUUGACUGACUAUGGUUGUACAAACUUUGCUUUGUGUGUAAUAUGUUGAACAGAUUUUUGUUGUAAUAACAUAUAUAUUUCGUCAGCAGGUUAGUCAUGGUUCCCCUGUCACAGAGGAUGGCAAAAAUAAGCAGUCAUCACACAUAAUAAUAGACAAAAGUGAGUCCAGCGGCCUGCAAUGUAGUGAUGUUUAGUUUGACUUUUAAAAGCAAUAACGGACAGCUUAGAAGUGCAAUGGUGAGAAAAAUAUAAGGGCAAUAUAAAACUUUCUUGAGGUCGGGAAAAAGCAGGAAUUUGGCAGUAAUAUGAGAAACUGUAAGGGUUACUUUUUAAACGGGUUUAGCCCGUGUUUAACAAAACCGAGUUCUAAGCUAUUUUCAGUUUGCCAAUCGCUUUUAUGUAAACACCAUUUAUCGUGAACAGUUUCAUGAAAGCAUAUAGCGUGGACGAGAUCUGGAGGUCCAAAGAUUUCUUAAACCGUGGUCUAAAUUAGACUUCGUUUAAAUAACCGACCCUAAGUGUUUGUAAAAGUCAAUGCAAAAAUGAGGGAAUUGUAUAUUCCGGUUUCCACAUUAUUAGAGAUGAGUCACGUUUAAGGCAAACGGCAAACAUCAGAUUUAAGUUCAGAAUUUCUCAGAAUAGAAAAAAAGCAGAUAAAAACUGUCCAGAACAACUCUUAUACAAAAAACUGCCAUGAAACUACUUAUAUUUGAGUGGAAGUAAUAAACAGCAAACGACAAUUGCAGGGAAAAUUUGGUCACGUGGUACAAAUUCACUUUUGCCGUUUGGCGUAAACGUGAAUCUUAAUCUCUCUAUCAUCGGGAUUUUACUCUGAUACAGCUUUCAAAGAUAUUAAUUCCGUUUUUUUUUGCAACCUAAAAUGUCUCAUUAGACCAGAAUUUUAGAACCCCGCCUCCCUUUUAUAUUAAGAAAAUAAUAAUAAUUAGAUCCUACUGCCAUACUCAAGUGUACCCCUUGGGGUUUAGCUAAAAAACAUCCCUAGGGAAGUAGUAAAAACCAAGUGUUCUCCCCCCACCUCCCACCCCAUUCAAGAUCUCCUCGUUUGAAUUUGCUCCGUGACCUAACUUUCAUAUAGUAGCAAACCUAACAGUGAAUAAAAGCGUAACAUUUUGGGUCAGUGCUUAACCCUAAUCAUGAUCGAAAUCAAGGGUCGAACUCUAAUGGAGUGAGCUCGAAGGGGGCAAAACUGACUGUUUCCCUGUACAAGAUAUGUCACCAUCUUUUUAUGGGGGGACAGGGGGUACAUAGAGACACCAUCAGUAUUUCUGUAAAGUGGUGGCCGUGGGUCCUAACUUUGUACAACAGACCACUAUAUUGACGACGCUGUUCUUAUACGUAUUUCUGAAUCCUUGCGUCAGAUUGUGGUUCCGUGAGUCAAAGCCUUUCAGAUGACUUUCAUGUAUCCGUGGAGGCGUGGCAUCUUCUGAACACCCAUGUUGAUUAUAAAAACGGUUAGUUUUGAAUUGUUUUUUCACUUUAUAUUUGCGCAUUUUUUUCAGUCUUUUUCACAGUGGAAUGUUAUGGGCUGAAAUCCCGCCGGGGACUUAGUAAGACAUACUUAAAGCAAGAGGGACUUAGUAGACUGCAGAAUAGAUGUUAUUUUUUGCGUUUCAGGCAAGCGAAGGCUAGCACGAAAACAGCGCGUAGCACGAGUCACGCGCAACGGGAGGCACGCGUGACUCGCGUUGCGCCCUCCUCUUUAGCCUCCCCCGCAAACGUUCUUAGGGGUUCGUCACGCGUUCCUUUCCCACUAGUUAGUGGGGCGGGAACGCGUUACGAACCCCUAAGAACGUUUGCGAAGGAGGCUACAGAAGAGCCUUCGCGUCUCGGUGACAGUGAAUUCGCGCCAUUUAAAAUUUCAUCGUUCUUAUUCCAUCUCAUAGAAUGUAUAAAAUGUUGGCGGAUUUUUCUGUAAUUCUCUGUCUUGUGUUGACGUCCUACACAAAACUUGAUUAUUAGUCUCCCGUUGUGCAGCAAGGGCAAAGAAAUGUACGAAGAAAGUGUGAUGCGUGUACAGAGCUUUUUUUUUUGCUAAACCUCCGUUUUUACCCUUUUUGUUGCCAUCGCCGUCAAAGUAGAAGAAAAUCGAACUCGUAGACUUAUUGUUAAGUAGAAUUGUUUUAGUUUUGCUCAGUUGUUGUUGUUGUUUUAAAUACUUAUAUACGCACCAACGUGAGAGUCUCUUUUGGUCAGAUUUUGCUCGUCUAUUGGAUGAGUGGGACGUUGGGCAGUGGAACUGGAUGAGAACGUUUCAAGUUGACCGACUUAUUUAUAAGGUAACAAAGCAGUUUUGUGUUAGAAGGGUAGUGAUCGUUUAAUAAAAUCACUAGGUCGGAGUAUUUUAGUUAAUCUCGUUCAUUUUUGUUGAUUAUGAGCCAUAAAGUUCAUGUUAGCAAAGGAAAUUCUCUUACGAUAUAACAAAUUUCUUUCGCAAGGGUUCAUGGGAAUGUUCAAUGUGAUGUGAGGAGGAUCAUGGGAAAGCUUUAAAAACGCAAAGGCUGACUGUAUCCUUCACCCUUCCCAUAAUCCCAUAAUCCCUUCGUAAAAGCCAAGAAACGACUGAGCACAAGGCAGAUGUGUUUGAAAAUUGACGGCGAACGGACCUUAUUUUUUUGUUAGGGAAAAUACAAAAAGGCGGUGGAGUUUCUUCAAGAACAAAGGCUUUCUUCGGAGCAAGAUACUUCAUCCAACCAAGAGGUAAGUUUUAACACAAACUAAAAUUUAAUAACCUGUUUUCUUUAUUUUGAUGUUCAUUUUGCGUGACAUUUUAUCAGAGGCCUAUUUAUCCAACUUCGAUCUAUUUCCUAGUCUCGCGCGCAGACGUUUUGGCCUCGUCACGCAACGUUCCUCCCCAAAGAACCCGUCCCUUCUUGGGGAGGAGCGUUGCGUGACGAGACAAAAAUGAGUGGAUGGGAGACUACCUAUUUUCCAGGACUUUAAUUUCCCUCGGAUAUUGGGCCACUCCCAUUUUCUGAGCCCUUGGUCAAACUCCUCGUAUCUUUUAUCUUUCAGUUAUUGAUAAGAGGCGCCAUUCAGUUAUCCUGUUGUUAUUUUCAACUUGAUGAUCAUAAGGUAAUAAAAAAUCACGUCGGCAAACACAAGUUGUUGUCGACUUCUUUCGAUUGUGUUUUUGAGUGACUGAUUACGGGAAGGUACUAAACCCUAGAAAGGGUGCAAUUGAUGGAAAGUGGCGACUUGAAUGCAUAAAGUAGUUCGCAAAAUUACCAAAAACAGAAUAAUAAAGAAGAAGCAACCGGUAAAAACUGCAAGUGUCCGUGAACACGGGCUUGGGCAGUAGGUAGCUAGCUUACUUACUAGCUAGUCCAGUUCUGGCCCCUCUCUCUCUGUCACGCAACGCCCUCUCCUGACGUUGCGUGACAGAGAGAGAGAGAGGCCAGAACUGGACUAACUUACUAGACCGCCGCUCAGUAGAGGUUCGACGGUGCUUUCAAGUUUGUGUGUUGUUGAUUUCUUGAUUUUUCUUCUUAUUUUUUUCCACAGAGAGCAUGUGAAGAAGCUCUCUAUGGUCUUCAGUUUUUUUCGUCAAGAAACUCGACCACAGAAAACAUGGCACUAAAAAGAUCGACGUCAGUUCAUCAAGGAAAACUUGACGUAACUGGAAACGACUCGGCAACCGCCACAUCUUCUACUUCUGGUAAUUUAGGAUUUGUUCCACAAAAGAAGCAUAGCAUUAAGAUAUAGGGUUUUUUAGCAAAAAAAUAGGGUGGAAAUAACAAUAUUUAAAUAUUAGAACUGAAACCAUAGAAUCUACAAGCCUUUGUUCCGAUGAAUUAAUUAGCAAUUAUCGGAUUCGGCUUUCCUUUGAUAUGACGAAUUAUGCUGAUCGAGGAGGGAUACAUCCUCGGAGACCCAGGGGCAGAUAGUGGGGGCGAGGGAAAGUCUAAACGGGCGGAAACUGAUAUGGCACGAAGAAAAGUAAAGAACGGCGAGAAGAGCCCCUGGGGAGGGAUAUCAUCCCUCAGAUAUUCAUAAUUUUUGACCUCAUGCGACAUCCGAAUCAAGUAAUGUUUUUUGUCAUAUAUUCUAUGUAUAUUCUAUAUUAUUGACUGAGUUAGGUAGCGCCGGACGGGAAAAUAUUUGGCUCGAGCCUAGGACGUACGGACCGGGCGCAGCGGUCAGGACGCACGGACCUCGUUGCGCUUGGUCCAUACGUCUUAACCUCGAGCCAAAUAAUUUCCCGCCCGGCGCUACCUAACUCAGUCAAUAAGCAUUUUAUCAUAUGACCGUUGUGUUUUUGAUUUUUUCUCACGGCGUGAACGCGCAUAGAUCAGUACGCUUUAAUAGCAGGGCCGUACGUGUUUUUGCGGCCCUAUCACUUGACACCUACGGCCCUCAUACGGGAUUUUUCAUAUCGUAUGGUUUUCCAACGAAAUUGUGCGCGGGGUCGUACCGGUCACAUGAUAAAACAUAGUUUAACCCCAGAACAUGCUUACUUCUUCUUAAAGUUCCCGUCUUAAAAAUAUUGCCUGUUUCAACGCUAGUUUAAGGAAAUGAAGCGAUGCUCAUUUUAGCAGAUAUUCUUUAUAUAGCAGGUUUCAUCUGUCAGUGGUAUUUUUCUCUAUUUUUGCUGUUUUUAUCGCAGUAGCUCAGCUUUUUCGUCUUUUUAUAGCGUUUGAAACUUUCGGCCAUUUUCUCCAACCUCGUUCCCGGGUUCUCUCUUUUUUCUUCCUCGAAGCAAGAGAGAGAACCCUGGGAAAGAGGUUGUAUUUUCUCCAGCUCUGCACUGGUAAAAACAGCUGAGCCACCGCGCUUUAUGUCCUUUUUCUAUUGAUUAUCAGUACAAUUGAGGUCGAUUGUAUUGAUAUCGACGAAAAUUUUCCAAAUUUGGUAAUAGCUGGUCAUGAAGAAUUUUCCAGAGGAUUUAAACCAAUGAGCAACGGAGAAUCGUACGUCACAUGAUUUUUAAUCUUGUGCCUUUACUUCCAGGUAGAACUUUACGGCUGAUUCAGUGCAGCGAAGCGGAAGUUCUGUCCUUUUGUGUGCGUUUGCUUCUUUCUUCCCUCAAGGUGAUCAAGUCACUUUAAACGAACAAUUGUGACAAUGGGGAACUAAAACAAAGACGGUUUUGAGAGACGCACGUCACCGGAAGCUAGUCUGCUACACAGCCAUCUGGAGGAGUGUUGCGUGACGACACUAUGAACGGCUGUGUAGCAGACUAACCGGAAGUGGACUUUUUCAAUCUUGGCAGUGGUUUUGCCUACAUUUAUGGUUCACAGCGGUCAAACGAGUGAAAUUUGCAAAAGUUAAGCGAAAUACUUCAAAGUUAAGGUUGCUACUUUCACUAUCGAAAGGUUAGGGUAAAUGGUUGUAGGACAAUCAAAUGAUUUGAAAAAUUUUCAAAUGAUUUUUUCAAGAUUCACUAACCUUUGGCUACGACUGCAAUAAUAGCCGCGGUAAAAGUUUGUACUAAGAGAAAAUCGCGCAAGCGUUUCAGCGAAAAAAGCUCAAAAUUUUGAGAAAAUGGAAAGAUAGUUAUGUUAACUAACUGAUUUAUACAUCUUUGCCUAUUUUUUUCUAACUGGUAAAUGAAAUCCCAGCAAUAAAAAACAAAAAUAACGAUUUAGACGUUUGACCGCGGUGGUCAUUUAUGGCCAAAUUGUCUCUGUAAGAAUAAAGAACCUUAGCAAUACAAAUUCGAUAGCGUCAAGGUAUUUUAAAAGGCAAAAGCCCUUGUUUCCGGUUAACGUGCGUCGCUCAAUUGCUAAAGCUCCCUGAUAAGAAUCAGAAGGGGACUAAGCCAAGGUCUUUGUGUUACUGAUGGUGUAGUCAUGAAAUCACUUAAUGACAUUCCCAAAAAUUAAUUACAAAUUCAAGUGCAAAUAACAACAACACUAGAGAAACAAAUGAUACUAUGAACCUUGACAUGUGUGGUCUAAUUGAAGAUUAUUCGUUUUUGUGUUACCAAGUUAUCCUUGAAGUUCGUUUUAAUUGAGAAGUUAGUUACAUCAAACACUUAAAAAUUGUCUCAUUACAAAAUUAAACACCUUGUAGUUCGUGAAACUUUUUCGGCUACGCGUCGCAUUUUCAUCUCUCCUCUCGGUGUUUGAUAUGUUAUAAAACACCCCGUCUCGUCUUUUGUCGUAAGAUCGCUGAAAAAAGAACCCUGUGAUAGCAGCGAUGAUUUGAACACACUUUUUCAACGAUCGUUCCGUACCAUUUUGAGCCAUCCUUGCUAUCAUUUGGAAACCGUGUUCCACUGAAUAUAAAGCUUCCAGGAGUAGUUCUUAUGCCACAUUUUCAAGUUAGCAACUUGGUUCGAAGAUAGUACCAACUUGCUACCCUAUAAAUCCGAAUUUAACGAAUUUAGCGUUACGUUUAUGACGAUGAGUUCCUUUCGAUCAUUUAUAUUUUAUUAACGAUCGAGGCGGUUAUAUAGGAACCAGUUAAAACCAUUCUUAACCUCUGAACAAAACCCAACCUUCAACACAACAGCUACCAACAGUUGCCUACAGCAUAAAAAACGACACCAACUUUUCUUUUCUACUUUCUUCUUCAGCAAAGACUGGCAACUGAAGGACGUAAUGACACCCUCAUAGGUCACGUGAUCGUUCUUCUGCAGUAUGGUUGGCCGAGAGAGGAAGCAACUUUUUAUGAACUCCUCGACAAAAUCCGUGAUCACGGCGGGCUGAAAUACAGAGUGUUUUUCAACUAUGUAAGCAGUAUCCUUUUGCAGUACUUUCUUGUUGGUUGUUUUGUUUCCUUUAAACUCUGCAAAGGGCUAAAAUAUGAAUAGGCCGUUCCGAGUUCCCCCGAGCCUCUGUAUCAAAACGAGGGGGAGUUCUCAGCUUUUGAUAUGGAAAUGAUUCUUCAUUGUCGUGCAAAUAAAACUCAUUUUCACAAGAAAGUUUGUGCGCUUGGCCUCAUUUUGAAAGUGAGGAUUUUUGGAACUCGGAAGUGGCCUAUUAAAAAAUGACGUGUGGUAUUCUUUUACACGAAUCGCAAAAACCCUUGCCGUGAAGUACAUUACUGUUGUACCUCUACUUAAUACAAAAAACUCCUCUUUUACGGAUAGCUCUCUUGGUCCCCUAACAUGCAAAACUUCAGACAAUCUCAACUUCUAUAAUACGAACACCUCUGUAAUGCGGAUGGUUUACGGUCGUUUCGCUACAAGUCGUUUCGCUGCAUGUCAUUAACAGGGAGUCAAGUUAUGUAGAGGCUUAAAUUUUACCAGAAAGUGAAUUUACUUCAUGAUGUAGCGAAACGACUUUACAACUAUGCAGCGAAUCGACUUCAUUAUGCAGCAAAACGACUGUACUCCAUGCGGAUACUUGGUUCUGUCCUUUUGGUGUUCCUUUUAAGAUGGUUUCACUGAGUAGGUUGUGACAGAAAGUGACUCUAAAGACAAAGUGGAUUUCCGUUGUAAAUCAGAGCCUUUAGCCCACAUAAGUCUAACAUGUUAAUUCAAAACCAUGACUCAGAGUAGAGCGGUUUUCAUUUGAGUGUCGAAAAGUAAUUGGUUUUGCACUUUCUACACGAUGCGAUUGGCUUAAAAGAUUCGCGCCACCUUUUCAUCCAAUCAGAAGUAAAACCAAAGCCAAUUGUGACGCGCUCGCAUGCAUUUUCCCGCGCUUUGCGUCAGCCACAUGUAAUUACUUCGAGUUUUGAUUGGUUCAAUGUAUUGUCUGUGUCCUAUGUGAUUGGCCAGAGUAAUUACUUUGGUUUUGGUUUUACGACACUCAAACGAAAACCACUCUAUAACGAAACCAGCGUAAUUACUAAUUACUCAUCUGAAUUUUCAUUGCAUAUUUACUCAAAUAACUCCUUGCUUAUUGUGGAGGAGGAGGUUGGAAAUUAGGCUCAAAACUGUUACGUCAACCAACACGUGUCUUUCGUUUCAAGUUAAUAUACUGUUAACUUAGCUGUAAGAGAGAAGAGUGAUAAUAGUAAGGAUGAUAUUGAUGAUGAUGAUGAUGAUGAUGUUAAUGGUGAAUGAUAUUAGGGACUUUAAGAUCCAACGACGCGGACGACAACGAGAACGUCAAAAACACAAAAGGUUUAAUAAGCAAAACAACAAUUUUGCACGUGCAUCACGCUACAUUUAUUUCCUGUUUUUGCACGACUUCGACGUGAAAAUGCCUUAUUUCGCGUUUUAAGGGGGACGUAAACAGGCAACGACGAAAUUUUAUUUCUCUUUUUGAACUUGGAUAUGGCCCCUAGGAAUUCAAUCCCAGGAGGGUUCGCCUACAUUUGACAAAGUAAGAGGGUAGGAAUAAUUGCGACUAAGACUGAAAGAAAGCAAAUUCACUUUUUAAGCGACGUUCUCGUUGCCUUCUCGUCCCUAAUAGGGAGCUUAAGCAACAAUGAAGGCGACGGUUACGAAAACGUCACUUACAAAGUAAAGUCGCGCUGCUUCAAACUUCAUUGCACUUAUUCCAUUUCGUUCGAUUCGUCAAAUUCUGGCAAUUUUUUCUGGAGUUGAAUUCUAAACGAGUGUAACGAAGUUCAGGAAAAGAAAAACAAGGUCGUUGUUUUGUGUUCACGUCCUCCACAAGACGUGAAAUUAGGCAUUUCACGUCCUAGUGGUGCAGUGACGGGAAAGAAAUGUACAAAAAAGCGUGAUGCACGUGCAGGGUUGUUGUUCUGCCAAUCUAAACCUAUUGCUGUUUUGCCGUUCUCGCUGACGUCCCCGUCGUCGUUGCGUGAGCUCAAUAAUAAUGAUGGUGAUAAUGCUGCUGCUGAUGAUGAUGAUGAUGACGGUAGUAGUGGUGGUGGUGGUGGUUGUGAUGAUAAACGUAUUGAGUUGUUCAUUUUAACUGUUGCCAGAUAUCGAUAUUUUAGAAGAGUUUGCUCAUCUUUACACUGACGACAGCUAUAAUCUUGAUCUUGUUCCUAUUGCCACGUCUGGCUCAAGGUCAGCACGCUGCUACUGUGACACAUCAAACUGAUACUUUUUUCGUAAAAACUGUUGAGAUUUUACUGCUGAUCACCGUUUUUCUUCGCAUACGGUCAACUGUCUCAUAUAAACCUUGGGCUAAUGCGCCUUCAUAAAGGGUUUAGGAGGGCUUAUCAUCGGAGGGGCCUAUAUUCAAGGAGGCUUAUAGACCUCUUUAGCUUAUAUGUUUUGUUUUCGCAAUAGAGGUCCCGGGGGAACUUGACCCUUUGUCUCUUCAUAAAUUAUGCGUACUUAUGCGUACUUACAGGUCCCGGGGGAACUUGACCCUUUGUCUCUUCAUAAAUUAUGCGUACUUAUGCGUACUUACAGGUCCCGGGGGAACUUGACCCUUUGUCUCUUCAUAAAUUAUGCGUACUUAUGCGUACUUACAGGUCCCGGGGGAACUUGACCCUUUGUCUCUUCAUAAAUUAUGCGUACUUAUGCGUACUUAGAGGUCCCGGGGGAACUUGACCCUUUGUCUUUUCAUAAAUUAUGCGUACUUAUGCACGUGAAUAUGACGAAAUUUGAAAGAAACAGUUGCCUAGAGUAUUAUCACAUGUCCUGUAUUGGGAAAACAAAACGUACAAGCUAAAGAGGUCUAUUGCCGGACAAGAAAAUGCGCUUGCAAACCAGCUAUAGCAGUGCUAAUCAAAAUACGUUUUGCAUUUGUUGGAGUUUAUUUAUAUUUCAAAAUGUCGUAAUAAAUUGAAUUUCUUCCAAUAGAUUUGGGGGGGGAUUAUAUCCGGGUUUUAUAAUCGGACGGUUUUUGUUGUUGUUGUUGUUUACAGGCGCAUGGGCCUCUCACUAAGUAGGAGGCCUAAGUAGGGGGCGUAUUAGCGGCAGUUUACGGCUACGCGACAAUAGCGGAUAGCUUUAGUGUUGAGGAGGGCUUGAAGACACCCCUGAAAGCUUCACUUUACUCUUUUUCACCAAAAACGUUAGUACGGUUAUUUAUACUGAAGGAGGUUAAGCCCUCUCCCGAAACUUUUUACAUUUGAUAACUUGUUUCCGCCACUCGCUAAAACUCAUCUGCUCAUUGUAGAUCAGAAUGACGACGGCUAUUAACGACAGCUAUCACGUUUUCCCGCCAAAAUGACGGUGGCUCACGCGUGAGCACUACUCAGUCUUGAAAAAAUCUCGUACUCGUGGUCGUCCUCGUCUCAGAAUCAGCUAGAAUCUAAAGCUCUCUAAUAGGCCACUUGCACUAAGAGGUCACGUGACCAAUGCUUCCUUUGAACAAUGAGUUGGAAUCUUGCUGAUGCCAAAAGUUGAAAAAGCAGAUAAAAAUUAUCUUACACCGGAAAUUUGAGAGGAAACGCAUUUAAGGGAGAUAUUUUAUGGCACUUUGAUUUUUCAACAAAAUAGUAUGAUUUGUGUUGGCCGCCAUGUUGGAGGGUAUACUCUUGCCCUCCAACAUGGCGGCCAAAACUAUUUUUUCCUUAUAUCUUGUUAAACUUUUGAUAGUUACGCUCAGAUGUGCUGUAAACGUUACCACGUCAUCUUUUCAACAUUUUCCUUGAAGUUUAAGUGUAAAAUUUGCAUUCAGAAAGAGGUAAUUCAUAAUUUGUAAAAAUCACGUUUUGGUCACGUGAACAGCUACGAACUUACUCAUUUUAAGAAAAUGGUGCGGGUUUGAAAAACCAAAUAACUAUUGUUUUGUUUAAGAUAUGACCUGACUUAUGAUGAUGUGUUUGUUUCAUAUCUGUCUUUUUACAGUAGGGCCGUAACCCGAGGGGUAAACAAGGGGGCCAAGGAAGACUUCCGUGCCGCCCUGGAGCGACAAAUCGCACGAAGUGACGAGAAUUUCGAGCCAUUGCUUAGAGGUUUUUUCCAGGAAGAGGCCGAUUCCCUAGUAAACUAA